AUGGGUCUCAUGUCCAAGCUUCAGAAUAAAAUUGAGCUCUAUCGCCUCGAGCAAAAGUACACCCGCAGAAAGAAUCGCAGCACCUUCACCACAGGUGCCCAAUAUGUCGAUGGAGAAUACGUGUACCAACCCGACGGCCAGCUGAGUGCCAGCUCCACGGGCUCCACGGGCAGCACCAACAAGAGGAGAAGCAUGUGGAUGUCGCCUCGAAAUUAA